AUGUCUGGCUAAUGCCGCUGUUCGAUAAAAACAACAACGCAUACUACAACACUGGCAAUUAAGAAAAAAAAACCGGGAACAAGGAAACAAAACGAGACUAUUGCAAAGUCGGAUAAAUAAUAAAGAAACUAAUGGACAAAUGCAUAUUUUGCCUUCAGCCAGACGGCAAUGAGCUGCAAUUGGGCGAAUUUUAUAAACGGGCAGACGUUUGUGUGCAUCACAACUGCUUGUAUUUGACUUCAAAUUUGGUGCAACGCGGAAGAAGCAGAGAUGGCAUAAUUGGGUUUCUAUUGAAAGACAUUAAAAGUGAAGCGCAACGCGUUAGAUCACUGGUCUGCCGCUAUUGUCACAGGAGUGGCGCUAAUAUUGGCUGUUGUAUCGCUUCAUGUCGCAGCACAUUCCACACGCAGUGUGGCAUCAAGAAUGGCGCACAGAAUCAAUUUAUUGGAAGCUACAAAUCCUUUUGUCGCCACCAUGUGAUCGCAUACAAAGAACGUCCUACUCCUGAUGAGCCUUGCAACAUUUGCUUUAAUCCGCUGCUGGCUUCAGGGGAAAGGUUCCAGCUGACCAAGCACCUGCAUGGCAAGUGCUGCAUGAAUGGCUGGUACCAUAAAGACUGCCUGCAACGUUAUGCGAAUACAGCCGGCUAUUUCUUCAAGUGUCCACUUUGCAAUAACAUGGAACAAUUUCGCAAUGUAGCGUACUGGGGCAUCUCGGUGCCAGAUCGUGAUGCUGCCUGGGAGCAGAAUGAUGACUACGCUGAUCAGCAAGAGGUGCCCACAGAUUGCACCGCUGUGGAAUGCAAAAUGCCCAAAGGACGCGCUGGCAGCACUUCACAGUUACUUUAUUGUCAUCUCUGUGGAUCGAAUCCAAUGCAUCCCAAAUGCACCAACUUUUCAAGUGAUAAUUACUGCUGCAACGAUUGUAUUAGCAUUGAGACUGAUAGCGAUAAUGAGGAGGAGUUGGACCCGUUGAAUAAGUUGGCAAUCGCUGCCAAUGGCACUGCCAAGCGACGCUCAGUGCGAGUUUACGAAUCCGAAUCGGAUGAUGACUGGAUUUUUGAUAAAUUAACGAUGGACAGCGAGAAUGCACAUAAGCACAGAAGACCUGAACCUGUACGCAAGCCAGGAAAAUUAGCGCUGCAGCCUCGGCAAGCUGAUAACAUAUCGGAAGGCCCCUCUUCCUCGUCUGCAAAUAAACUGCAUGCCAUUCCAGUUACUGCGACCGCAACUGCUGAGAAGCAGACAGCCCCAGCUGUGGUCCCACGCACCCACAUCACCAAUGGUGCUAGCUCGUCUGCAAUCAAGCAUUCACUUCCGGUUACUGCCACCACAACUGUUGGAAAGCAGAGUGUUCCAGCAGCUGUGCCGCAGCAGCAGGCUACGCAGAUCACUCGCCGCUCUCGUGACAAGAGUCCACAAGCCACCACAAAAACAACUGAUCUCAAACCUAUGGAUAUUUCAUGCAUUGCUAAACGCACUCGCACCACCAUUGGUGCUACCUCAUCUGAAAGUAAACCGCAUUCACUCGCGGCUACUGCGACCGCAACUGUUGCAGAGCAGGCAGCGCCAGCUGUGUUCCCACUACCGCAGCACCAGGCUAGGGAGAGCAGGCGCCGCUCUCGUGACAAGACUCCAGAGGCUACAACAAAAAUAACUGAAAUGAAACCAAUGGAUAUUUCAUGCAUUGCCAAACGCACUCGCACCACCAUUGGUGCUACCUCUACUACAACUGCAACUGCUGCAGAGCAGGCAGCGCCAGCUGUGUUCCCACUACCGCAGCACCAGGCUAGGCAGAGUAGACGCCGCUCUCGUGACAAGACUCCUCAAGUCACAACAAGAACAACUGAUCUCAAACCAAUUGAUAUUUCAUGCGUUGCCCGACGCACUCGUGGUCGCUCCCGCAAGUAAACAUCAUAUACAUAUAUGUAUAUGCUGCAAAUUAAGUAUUAAUUAUGGAUAUUUCUUUUUU